AUGGCUCCCAAGUUGCUCGCGGUGCAGCGCGCCGCUGAUAUCGGAGGCAUCCCGCCGAACGGCAAGCCCCACAGCGUGCCCGUCCCCGGCACCGCCACCGAGAACAGGACCGCCACCUACAGGCAUUGGCGCUUUGCCGACCGCCCGCUGGAGACGCUGGACGAGACGGUCCAAACGCUACACGAUGCGUUCGAGCAGUCCGCGCGCAACAAUCCCGGGAGCCGCUGCCUUGGCUACCGCCCCUACGACCCUGUGACGAAAACGUACGGGGCAUACGUGUGGGAGGACUACGCGACGGUUCAGACGAGGAGGAAGAACUUCGGUGCUGGUCUGGUCAAGGUCUUCGAGGAAGCUGGCGUGUCGCCGGUGCGCGGGCUUGGUAUUGGCCUGUGGUGCCAGAACAGGCCGGAAUGGCAGAUAACCGAUCUGGGAGCCAUGUCGCAGGGAAUGUUCACCGUCUCCAUCUACGAUACUCUGGGCCCGGAUACCACCGAGUACAUCAUAAACCACGCGGAGCUGAAGUGCGUCGCGACUUCGCUCAACCACGUCGCCGCUCUCUUGAAGCUCAAGCCCCGCAUGCCCUCGUUGCAACUCAUCGUCUGCUUGGACCCCCUUAGUGAGGGCGAACGGCCGGGCGAGUCCAAGGGCGACCUUCUCAACGCCAUCGCGGCUGACCUUGGAGUUCGCAUCCUCUACUUGAGGGAUGUCGAGGCGAUCGGAGAGCAGAACCCCCGUCCUUACGACCCUCCCACUGCGGAUGACGUUAUCACCAUCAAUUACACCUCGGGCACCACUGGUAACCCCAAGGGUGUUGUGUUGACGCACAGGAACGCCAUUGGCGCCACCAGCUCAUCCAUGACCAUUACUAACCAGACUGGCGACGAUGUCAUGUGCUCUUUCCUGCCUCUUGCCCACAUCUUCGAGCGUGUUGGUGAGCAUGCUGCUCUCUGGGGAGGCUGUGGAAUCGGCUAUUUCCACGGAAACAUCCAGGAGCUUGUCGACGACCUGAAGCUUCUGCGGCCGACGGUUUUCAGCGGAGUUCCUCGUCUGUACAACCGCUUCGGCGGUGCUGUCAAGGCCGCAACUCUGCAGGCGCCGGGUGUCAGGGGAUCGCUAUCGCGACAUGUUGUGAGCACCAAGUUGGCCGCGCUUGAAGGCCCUAACCCCACCACCCAGCACUUCUUCUGGGACCGCAUCUGGUCGAAGAAGGCUGCAGCAGCACUCGGGCUGGACAGGACAAAGACCAUGGUCACUGGCUCGGCUCCGAUCGAUCCUUCGCUGCAGAACUUCCUCCGCGUCGUCUGCGCGAACGAUUUCGUCCAGGGCUACGGCCUGACGGAGACGUAUGCCGCGUCCGUUGCGCAGUUGGCCGGCGACCACUCCUCGGGCAACUGCGGCGCCGCCACCCCGUCCACCGAAUUCUGCCUGGAGUCCGUCCCGGACAUGGAAUACCUCGCGACGGACAAGCCCAGGCCGCGCGGCGAGGUCCUGCUGCGCGGCCCCACGCGUUUCCGGGAGUACUUCCGCAACCCGGAGGAGACGGCCAAGAGCGUGGACGCGGACGGCUGGUUCCACACGGGCGACAUUGGCGAGAUCGACGAGCUGGGCCGGCUCCGGAUCAUCGACCGCCGCAAGAACGUGCUCAAGCUGGCGCAGGGCGAGUACAUUUCGCCGGAGCGCAUCGAGAACGUGUACCUGGCCAACUGCAACUGGCUGGGCACGGCGUACGUGCACGGCGACUCGACGCAGGCGUGCCUGGUGGGCCUGUUCGGCAUCCAGCCCGACCAGUUCGCCAACUUCGCGGGCAAGGUCCUCGGCAAGGCCAUCGCGGACACGGACGCGGCGGCGCUCGCCGAGGCGGCGGACAGCCCGAAGGUGCGCGCGGCGGCGCUGAAGGAGCUGGACAGGGCGGGCCGCAAGGCAAAGUUCAACAGCUACGAGAAGGUCAAGGCGAUCCGGCUGUUGGUCGAUCCGUUCACGAUUGAGAACGAGCUCUUGACGCCGACUCUCAAGCUCAAGCGUCCGCAGACGGCGAAGAAGUACCGCGAUCUCAUCGACGCGUGCUACGAGGAGGCGCUGGCGGAGCCUCCGAAGGCGAAGCUGUAG